CGCCUCCGCCUCCUCCGCCAGCGGCUUCUGACAGAGGCUCACCGGCCGGCGGGAGCGCCGGCGGCGGGGCCCGACCCAGCCCCAGCAUGGCUUUCCCCGGGGCACUAGCCGACAUGCCCAGACAGUUUCCAAAGUUGAACAUCUCUGAGGUUGAUGAGCAUGUGCGACUUCUGGCAGAGAAGGUAUUUGCUAAAGUUCUUCGGGAAGAAGACAGCAAAGAUGCCUUGUCACUAUUCACUGUGCCUGAAGACUGCCCUAUUGGACAGAAAGAGGCCAAGGAACGGGAACUGCAGAAGGAACUGGCAGAACAACAAUCUGUGGAAACAGCUAAAAGGAAGAAAAGUUUCAAGAUGAUUCGAUCCCAGUCUUUGUCAUUACAAAUUCCAUCUCAGGAAUGGAAAGCACCAUUGCCCAAUCCUGUUCGGUCUCCUGCAGCACCAGUUCCUCAAAGUGCUUUUCUGCCAGUCCCAGUGCCAUAUGAUGUACCAGAGUUUCAGAGAGUUUCAAUUAGUGGAGACUACUGUGCAGGGGUUACAGUUGAUGAUUAUGAGCAAGCUGCCAAGAGCCUGGUGAAAGCUCUUCUCAUUCGAGAGAAGUACUCCCGUCUCGCCUACCAUCGCUUCCCGAGAACAACCUCUCGGUAUCUGUGCAGCAUGCGAGAUGAAAAAUGGAAGGCUGAAGAUGAAGUGUAUCCAGAUUUCCAUUCACCCCCAGAAGAAAAUGAAGAUCCUUACAAUCUUGAAGAUGCUCCAGACAAUUUGGAUUAUGUUAUCAAGAUAAAAGGUGGCAUUCCUUUUGUUUAUGAUAACAAAGAAAUGAUGGAACUCAAUGAGCCUCGGAGUCUGCCAUAUCCUGACCUGGAGACCUAUACCCUUGAUCUGAGUCACGUUCUUGCUCUAAUUGCAGAUGGUCCAACAAAAACAUAUUGUCAUCGGAGGCUUAACUUUUUAGAAUCUAAAUUUAGUUUGCAUGAGAUGUUAAAUGAAAUGUCAGAAUUUAAAGAACUAAAGAGUAAUCCCCAUCGAGACUUCUAUAAUGUGAGAAAGGUUGAUACUCAUAUCCAUGCUGCUGCCUGCAUGAACCAGAAACACUUGUUGAGGUUUAUUAAGCACACAUAUCAAACGGAGCCCGACAGGAUUGUUGCAGAGAAAAAAGGCAAGAAGAUGACUUUAAAGCAAAUCUUUGAAAGCCUUCACAUGGACCCUUAUGACCUCACUGUAGACUCUUUAGACGUUCACGCAGGUCGCCAAACAUUUCAUCGAUUUGACAAAUUCAAUUCCAAGUACAAUCCAGUUGGUGCCAGUGAGCUGAGAGACUUGUAUCUGAAAACGGAGAACUAUAUUGGUGGUGAAUAUUUUGCUCGUAUGGUCAAGGAAGUAGCCCGUGAACUAGAAGAAAGUAAGUACCAGUACACAGAACCCCGCUUAUCCAUUUAUGGACGGUCUCCAGAUGAAUGGCUGAACUUGGCAAAAUGGUUCAUUAAGCAUAAAGUUUAUUCCCCUAAUAUGCGCUGGAUAAUUCAGGUUCCCAGAAUCUAUGACAUAUUUAGGUCUAAAAAUAUUCUGCCUAGUUUUGGGAAGAUGUUGGAGAACAUCUUUGUACCUUUGUUUGAAGCAACAAUCAAUCCCAAAGACCACAAAGAAUUACACCUUUUCCUCAAAUAUGUGACUGGCUUUGACAGUGUUGAUGAUGAAUCCAAACACAGUGGCCAUAUGUUCUCUGACAAGAGCCUUAACCCUGACCUCUGGACCAGUGAGAAGAAUCCUCCCUAUAGCUACUACUUAUAUUAUAUGUAUGUGAACAUCAUGUUGCUAAACAACCUAAGGAGGGAAAGAGGCAUGUGUACUUUUCUGUUUCGGCCUCACUGUGGAGAAGCUGGGUCUAUCACACACCUUGUAUCAGCCUUUCUGACAGCAGACAACAUUUCUCAUGGAUUGCUCUUGAAGAAGAGUCCUGUCCUCCAGUACCUUUAUUAUCUUGCACAAAUACCCAUUGCUAUGUCUCCACUUAGUAACAACAGUCUAUUCCUGGAGUACUCAAAAAAUCCACUACGGGAAUUUCUACACAAGGGACUCCAUGUGUCUCUCUCCACAGAUGAUCCUAUGCAGUUUCAUUACACAAAGGAAGCUCUCAUGGAAGAAUAUGCUAUUGCAGCCCAGGUGUGGAAACUAAGUACCUGUGACUUGUGUGAAAUAGCAAGAAACAGUGUGUUACAGAGUGGACUGUCAGAUAAGGAGAAACAGAAAUUCUUAGGGGUGAAUUUCUAUAAAGAAGGGCCUGAAGGAAAUGAUAUUCGAAAGACAAAUGUUGCACAGAUCCGGAUGGCCUUCAGGUAUGAGACACUGUGCAAUGAGCUUAGUUUCCUGUCUGAUGCUAUGAGAACAGAAGAGAUUUCUACACUGUCGAAGUAGUUACAAACUCAAGGAAACCAGAAGAUUUCAUUCCUAAGCAGGAUAAGUUGCAAAUUAACAUGGAAUUAUCUGUCGUUGAUGCUACCAAGACGUAAGUGAACAGUACAAGGUAAAACAGAGUAUUUGUGGAAGAUGAAGAGUAUUUGCUGCUACCUUUUACUGAAUUAUUCUCAUUGCAAAAAUUUCAGUUUCUACUGUCUUUCUAAGAUUGCUGUAAAUAGUAAAUGCAAACUCAGAAUCCUGUAAUACUUGUUUCAUACUGUCUUAACUGUGCACUGUACUGUAGCUUGGAAAACAAAAGAGAGUAUUCAUAGCACAUCAGUGAUACACACCUUAGGACUGUGCAGAUGCUGGCAGCAGACAGGCACCUUUUUGUCCUGCUCGUCUCAGUAGCAGUCAUGGCAGUUAACACUUAGAAGCUUAUCCCUUUAUUCAUUUGCAGUUUGUAUGAGGUGCAUAAUUUUGAGGCUACCCUUUCAUUCUGGAAGGUGUUCUGACAGUUUUUAUCUUACUGUUUCAACAGUUACACUGGAAAACAAGAAAAACCAAAUUCUGUUAGUCUUGAUUUAUGACUAAUUAAUUUACGUAGGAUGUCUGUGAAGAACAGCAGAUUAAUGCUUUUUAAUCUAGUAAGCAGAAAACAUGGUGUCAAAAUCAUCACUAUUGUACAUUGUAAUAAUACAUCUAAAUAUAUAACGAAAACUUUGCCUUGAAAGUUGAGAACUUUUGUAUUGCUUUGUAAUGGGAAUGUGUGGAUAUGCCAGUUCAAAUUACUUGAAAAUUUGUGCAGAUAAUUUUGGUUGCAUGUAAAGGGAAAUUUUUACUUGAACAAAGGAAGUGUUCUUAUGAAUCAGCGGUAGAAACUCCAGACCUGGGUUCUGGUCCUACUUCUGACAUCUUUUUACACCUUUGUGUUUGUAUUUUAGUCAGUUAGAGUUGAAUGAACAGUCAAACUGUCUAAAGACCACUUGAAACGUGUCAUUUCCUAUCAUGUUAUGUUAAACUGUUUAUGAUGCGGUGGCUGGUAAAAACAGCUACUGGAAUAUUUAUCACUUUUUUUUUCUAUUUGGUCACAUUCUUAAGACAUAGUACUACUAAUUCAGAAAGGACUGAAGGUAAUUACACAAUACUGUGUUAUUAUAUAUGUUAUGUUGUUAUAAUGUAGAAGUUUCAUGUAGUUUCACACCAAAAAAGACUUGAAGCUAGGGGCAGCAGAGGAUAUUGAUGCCUGCAAGUCUAACUUUACAUUACUUGAUUUACAGGCCUCUAGUCCCUAAGGUAGGAUCUUGAGCCUACAGUUAGAGACCUGGGCAUCUAAUAUAGCACACAGGGAGGUCAGGCAUCUUAGAACAGUAAUUCAGAAUGAAUGCAUAAAAAGCAAAUAAUGAAUACUAGCCAGUCAAGCCUCACUAGACCUAUAACCCUGCAUGGUUUACUAUAUCAGAUGUCUUGUGCCACUUGUAUUUCUUUGGCCAGGCUGUUGUCUUGGGCAGCUACAUCCUUUCUUUCAAGAGCUGAUCAGGUCUCACUUUCCCUUAUAAAUGCAGCCAGAGUAGCAGUGGUGACAACCAGUACCAAACAGCUCAUUAAUGGCAUAAAUGUGUAUAUGCAUUGAAGACAUACACUUUCCCCUUAGGCUGUGGCAGUUCAAAGCUCUACCUACAGGGACACUUUCUUUCAUGUACCUGCUAUCCUGAAUGGUGAUUGCAGGGAAAUGGCACCAAAGUAAGGGAAGGAGGAAUUCCCUUUCACCUCCUGUCAGAGAGAGGCAGAGAGAGAUUAAAUAAGUAGGUCCUUAUGAAGCAGCCUGGGUAUAAGGCUGCUUGCUCCAAGGCAGACCUAGGCACAGGAGCCAAGUUCUGGCCACCCAGUCACCAUUAAAGUUAGCCAGUGUCCUGCACAGGGAGCAGUAGUGAUUGCAGAUGUUCUGCUACCAAAAUAUGGUUGCAGACAGGCUGUGGGAGACUUGACUUCAGCUCUUCAGUGACCUAGCCUAAUGUCUGCACUGUUCAACUGGUGCCAGAUUUUGUAUUCCUUGUGCACCUAGAAGUCGUGUGAAACCGUGCUAAGCUGCUCACCUGUAUGAUCAUGAAAUUGUCCAAAGCUCUAAGUCAACACUGCCUAUUGGUCUCAAUGUUAGUGGCUCAAAUAAUGCGUUAUCAGGUAGUUUUCUUAGGAUGGAGUCUGAAAAUAGUGGUUCAGGCAUUUUAGCUGUGUAAAAUACAGACCUCAUUUCAUUAGUACAAUUUACUAAUAAAUUGUUAUCCACAUAGCAUUAUUUACAUAAGAAAAGCAUCUGUGUCCAGGCUAAAUAAAAAAAUAUUUCAUUUGAAGAAAUGAAGUAUUUUUACCUAAUAAACAUUGCUUUACUUGGGUUGCUUCACCUGAAGAGUACUGUAAAGUACUGCUUUUGUUGUUACUUAGAUUUUUUGUUUAGUUUUCUGAAUAUUAUACCAGAUUUUUGUAUGCUUAAUACCUUUUCAGAUUUCCUUACCUCACACACAUCAGGUUCUAAUGUCUGUAGCUCUUAUUAAAGAAUAAAGCAAAACUGGAUUUGAAUAUUCAGUUAAUGGACAGAAAUUGGGAUUUUUACAACAAUAACAGUAACACACAAGAGGCCACGACCACAAGUUCUGCUUUCUGUGCUUCCUUGUGUGCUGCUUUACGGAUAAAUUGAGCUAAUAAUGUUAUACUUAAGGAAACCAAUCAUCCACAGUAGCUUCCACUACUACGUCUCUUCUGGUAAUCUUUUAAUUAGGCAAAUGUUAUUGAUUCUCAAGUUCAGUUCUUAAACUUCAGCUUUUUCUGUUCUUUUAAAAGUUGCAUUUUUGUUCUAAUGUAUGGCUGUACAAAAUACCCUUGCACUCUUAGGCUGUGUGUGCAAAGAAGGGCAGAUGCAGUGUUCAAGUGUUAAUGACAUCUGAACUACUCUUGUACAUGUUUGCUCAAAUGCUCAAGACAGGGCAGUGGCUGAUUCCUCCCCUGCCCCCUGACAGUGUUGAGAGCAAACCUGGCUACACCACAGCUUGUGUUUUACUCAAAGAGGAAAUAGAAGGAACUAGAAGGACAUCAUUGUAAAUGGUGAUUGGGAAGGGUGUUGCUUCAGAAUGGGGACAUAUCCUAUUUUCUCACCAUUUCAUUGGUGUUAAGGUUCAAACAUUGUUCAAGAUGUCCUUAAAUCUGUUUGCUCAAGAGCAUUUUAGUUUCACCUGACAUAAAUUAUGUAUUUGAUGUUUACAACAUAUCUGAACAAUUUCUAGUGAUGCUCCUCCUUUGAUACUUUAGCAAACUUCAGGCAUUUACUCUGCCACUAGAUAGUAAUUUUUUUUCUCACCCCAGAACUAUGUUAUCUUCUUGUAUCAUUGUUCUUUGCUUGUGGCUAAACCUUUCUGUUCUAUUUGCCUAGUUAAAAUGUCAGUCUCAAAAAGGUGGGAGUGGGGAAGGAUGUCUGUAAAAAUGGCUUUCUUUCUGUGCCUGCACUAAAUUAUGUUUAUCUUUUGCCUCUUGUGGAAGCAUUAAACAUUACACAAAUAAAUUAUAAAAAACA